AUGGAUCUGAGGGGUGUCAGCAGAGAGAAUGAAAGUCACCCUCUCCGUGGCAGGUCUGACAAGGAAAAGGACACCAUAGAGGACAGCUACCAGCAGACACUGUUGCUCCUUCUUGCCCUGGUGACCUUGGCUAAGUGGAACAGAGCUGACUCUGACUGUUUAUAUGCUUCUUCCAAAGAUUUUAUAGCGAAAGAACUGGGGAUGUGCUCAGAAUCAAGACUGAGACCUAGAGAAAAGCUAAUGAUCAACCCACAGCACACAAUUAGUGAACAACAUAACAUGGCCUACAAAUCAUGGAACUUGACUCCUACACAGAGAGCUGGACGUCAAUCUCCGAUAGUCAUAGAGCCUUUCGAGGGCGGUGGAGAGUCAGGGGAGGGUGACAGAGAGGAGAAGCCAUUGCAGCAACAGCUUGGAAGAGGGAGCUGGACAGCUCUGGCAAGAGCCCGAGCUGGAGCCAGGGAGAAAAACCUGCUGGCUCCAGGAAACGCUAGGUUGCUGCAAAGAGGGGCGGGGAGAAGGCGGGGGCGCUGCACGCAGCGCGCUGGCUCCAGCGGUGCCCGCGGGGAAUGUGACAUCAGCGGCGCCGGGCGCUUGCGGCUGGAGGAGGCAGCUCGCCUCGGCUGCGCGGUGCACACCUCGCCCGGGGGAGGACGCGGACCCCGUCAGGCGGGCGGUAUGUCGGCGAAGGAGAGGCCAAAGGGCAAAGUGAUCAAGGACAGCGUUACCCUCCUGCCCUGCUUUUAUUUUGUCGAGUUACCUAUACUGGCAUCAUCAGUGGUUAGCCUCUACUUCCUUGAACUCACUGAUGUCUUCAAACCUGUACACUCUGGAUUUAGCUGCUAUGACCGGAGCCUUAGCAUGCCAUACAUUGAGCCCACCCAGGAGGCCAUUCCGUUCCUCAUGUUGCUCAGCCUGGCUUUUGCUGGACCUGCAAUUACGAUUAUGGUAGGGGAAGGAAUUCUCUACUGUUGCCUGUCCAAAAGAAAAAGUGGAGUUGGACUAGAGCCUAACAUUAAUGCUGGAGGCUGUAACUUCAACUCUUUUCUUAGAAGAGCCGUCAGAUUUGUUGGCGUUCAUGUGUUUGGGCUGUGUUCAACAGCUCUCAUCACAGAUAUCAUACAACUGUCCACUGGAUACCAAGCCCCAUAUUUUCUGACUGUGUGCAAGCCAAAUUAUACAUCUUUGAAUGUGUCUUGCAAAGAGAAUUCCUACAUUGUGGAAGACAUUUGUUCAGGAUCUGACCUCACAGUUAUCAACAGUGGCAGGAAGUCAUUCCCUUCUCAACAUGCGACCCUGGCUGCCUUUGCAGCUGUGUAUGUUUCGAUGUACUUCAAUUCUACAUUAACUGAUUCUUCUAAGCUUCUCAAACCUCUCUUGGUUUUCACAUUUAUCAUCUGUGGAAUCAUCUGCGGGCUAACACGGAUAACUCAGUAUAAGAACCACCCAGUUGAUGUCUAUUGUGGCUUUUUAAUAGGAGGAGGAAUUGCAUUGUAUUUGGGUCUGUACGCUGUGGGGAAUUUCCUGCCCAGUGAAGAGAGUGUGUUUCAGCACAGAGACGCCCUCAGAUCUCUAACAGACCUCAAUCAAGACCCCAGCCGGGUUUUGUCAGCUAAAAAUGGUAGCAGCAGCGAUGGAAUUGCUCACACCGAAGGCAUCCUCAACCGAAACCACAGAGAUGCUAGCUCCCUAACAAACCUCAAAAGGGCGAACGCUGACGUGGAGAUCAUCACGCCUCGGAGCCCCAUGGGGAAGGAGAACAUGGUGACCUUCAGCAAUACCCUGCCCAGAGCCAACACGCCGUCGGUGGAAGACCCUGUCCGAAGGAAUGCGAGCAUUCACGCCUCUAUGGAUUCUGCUCGAUCCAAGCAGCUCCUCACUCAGUGGAAGAAUAAGAAUGAAAGUCGGAAGUUGUCGCUGCAAGUUAUGGAGUCCGAGCCGGGGCAUUCGCCGCCCAGAUCCAUAGAAAUGAGGUCCAGCUCGGAGCCCUCCAGGGUUGGGGUGAAUGGAGAGCACCACGGUCCUAGCAAUCAGUACCUCAAGAUCCAACCCGGCACUGUCCCGGGCUGUAACAACAGCAUGCCUGGAGGGCCCCGGGUGUCCAUCCAGUCCCGCCCCGGCUCCUCACAGCUGGUCCACAUCCCGGAAGAGACCCAGGAAAACAUUAGCACCUCCCCCAAAAGCAGCUCAGCUCGCGCCAAGUGGCUGAAAGCAGCCGAGAAGACAGUGGCCUGCAACCGGAGCAACAGCCAGCCGCGCAUCAUGCAGGUGAUAGCCAUGUCCAAGCAGCAGGGCGUCCUGCAGAGCAGCCCCAAGAACAACGAGGGCAGCACGGUCACCUGCACCGGCUCCAUCCGCUACAAGGCCCUGACCGACCACGAGCCCAGCGGGAUCGUGAGAGUGGAGGCUCACCCCGAGAACAACAGGCCCAUCAUCCAGAUCCCGUCCACCGAGGGCGAGGGCAGUGGCUCGUGGAAGUGGAAGGCUCCCGAAAAGGGCAGCCUGCGCCAAACUUACGAGCUCAACGACCUCAACAGAGACUCAGAAAGCUGCGAGUCCCUGAAAGACAGCUUCGGCUCCGGAGAUCGCAAGAGAAGCAACAUUGAUAAUAACGAACAUCACCACCACGGAAUCACCACCAUCCGGGUCACCCCUGUGGAGGGCAGCGAGAUAGGCUCAGAGACGCUGUCCAUCUCUUCCUCUCGUGACUCCACCCUGAGAAGGAAGGGCAACAUCAUUCUAAUCCCUGAAAGAAGCAACAGCCCCGAGAACACCAGAAAUAUCUUCUACAAAGGGACCUCUCCCACGCGAGCCUAUAAGGACUGAGUGAUGACCAUUCAGUCAUUUGGGUGACCCCCCACCCAAGACCUCGUGUUGAUUCUACUGUUCCAGAGGAUUAGGAAGCCUUCUUGCCAAAUUAGAUUGUUCACCAUCAGCCCAGAACUCUACUAACUCUUGAGAACUACCACACUGAACUUGUAGACUUGACAUCUAGGGAGGGGAAAAGCACAAUGCAAGAACCUAACUAAUGUGAUGAUGUGAGGAGUUUUCUUUUUAAGACCUGUCAUCCAAUGUAAAAGGUUUUGCAGAGGGUGGUAUCAAAAGAAAGUGGUUUCCUUCUAUGUAUGCUAUUUUACUUCCUGAAUGUGCCAACUUUGGAGAUUUUUUUUUCUUUAUAAUUAGCUGUGGGAAUCCACAACACACAGGUUUUUCCCUACAGCAGAGGCCAUGCAGUAUUAUAUAUUCACUUUACAGAAUCUGCACCUCAAGCUCAGUAUGGGUGGUGCUGACUAUUAUAGUACAUAUACCAUGUAAACUCUCAAACUCUAUUUAGCUGUGAAGUAGUGGUGUGCAAUUCCUUGUAAAAGAAAUGCUACUUUAUUAAGAAGAUGCUGGCUACUUUGUGUUAGAGUAGGACAACCGCAGCUUCCCUGUAGUGGCUCUCACAGUAAAGGUAAAAACAAAACGUUUUAUGUGCAUUUCUUCAAAAUUAUGCUUUCUUCAACAUCAAAACUGUAUAGGAAUAUUUUCAGUGAAAGGGAAUAACUAGUACUUUUUCUGCAUAGUUUUUCUGCUGCUUAUUAUUUAUUUAAGUACAGGUACUG